CAGUAGGGGGCGAUAAUUAGUAAGGCUGGUCACGUGAUGUCAACAGCUAGCAGUGAACCUCCAUUGUUGCGCUGCAGCUCCGCUAUCAGACCGUGUUUGUUUCCAGCAUGUCUUCAGUUCAGCAUCUGAGAGACUUCAUCAGCGAGCGGCUAACUGCUGCUGCUGAGGAGAUCUUCGGAGUGUUUGAGAGAACCAUCGUCCAGUACGAAGAAGAGAUGGACCGUCAGCGCAGACUGCUGGAUGUCACCUGGAGACCGGACAGCAGCUUCCAGAGAACAGACCUGCCGCAGCCUUUCCCCUAUGUGGAGGAGGGGUUUCCUGCAAACCAGCACCUCAGGACCCAGGAGGAGAACUCCAGCCUGGACCAGGAGGAUCCAGAACGUCCACAGGUGAAACAGGAAGAUGAAGAGCUCUGCAUCAGUCAGGAGGAAGAGCAGGUGGGGCUGAAGCAGGAGGCUGACACUCUGAUAUUGGCUUUGACUUGUGAAGGAAGUUCCCACAGUGAACCGGAACCAAGCAGACACCGGUUUCUGUUUGACGCCGUUUCUGGAGCUGAGAGCCGAGAUCAGGGAGGAAGCUGGUCCAAACACUCAGAAUCUGCCGGCAAUCCGGAGCUGAACAGGAACAGGAACAGUGAGAACCAGAACAAAGCUGACAGAUCGGACUGGACUCUUAAAUGUGACGUUUGUGGCAAAGCGUUUAACAAAGCGUCUGAGCUGAGGGCUCAUUACAGAAUCCACACAGGUGAGAAGCCCUUCUCCUGUCCCACGUGUCAGAAAGCGUUCACCUUCAAGUCUAACUUACGGGUCCACAUGAGGACGCACACGAACGAGGCGCCGUUUUCCUGCCAGACGUGCGGGAAGGUUUUCAAACACAGAAGCAGUUUGAUGGUCCACUGCAGGAGCCACACGGGGGAGCGGCCGUACGUCUGCGCGACGUGUGGGAAACGCUUCACCGACAAGUCCUCUCUCAAACAGCACUCGGUCACACACACGGGGGACAGGAUGUAUUCAUGUGCGCUGUGUGGGCGGGGCUUCAACAGGAGCAGUUACCUGCUGCAGCACAUGAAAGUUCACACGCCAGAAAGUUUCUCAAACAUCAGUUAGUCGGGGAGUGACACUGAGCAUCAGAGCUGCUUUAAAUCCAGCGCCGUCGGAACCGGUUCUGGAACCAUAUUUAUUCAUUAAAGGAUCUGUUCUGGGAGGAAAUAAAACAUCCAAUAAUAUAGAGACCCAUCCUGAACUUGAAUUGAAAUAUCCCAACCCAGAUCUUCCGUUAUGGAUAAUGUAACAUAAAUGAAGCACAGACACGAGGUGGUCGUGUCUGAAUUCACCUUGAAUCCCACGUUGAUCUGCUGCAGCUGCGCUCAGCGCCUCUGAUCAGCCUCACGCUCCUCUGCAGCCGCGUCACAUUUCUGCUGCACACCCGGAGAGUUCAGGCAGAACAAAUCAGUGUGAGGAAAGAUGCUGCUGUAAAACAAACCAGUUAAACACACCAGUGGGAGGGUAAGCUCUGCUGGGAACUGUCUGGAUUAUUCGGAGGAGAGGCAAAACAACCUCUACCUUUAAUUUACAGUUUUAGUCUCUAAAGUUGUACUUUUUGGAUUCUAGAUUUGUUCUACUUUACACCAAAGUCUUCUAAUAAACUACAAACAGUUUCA